ACCGCCCCUUCCGCCACCGCCCCGAGUCGCCGCGUACGGGUCGGAGUGCAGCGCGGGGCCAUGGCCGAGGCCGUGAGGGGUCCCCGCAAGGCUCGCGGCAAGAGCAGGCCCAAGGAAAAAAAGAAAAAAGGUAGUGAGGAGUCCCAGAUACAAGAGCCUGAUGAUGUCUUCCUCCCUCCUGUGGCAGAAGUGUCUUCUCAAGCCAGUAAAGUGCAAGUGAAACAUCCUGGAGAAUUUAUAGAAAUUAAUCUCAGUGAUGAAGCGGAGGAUGGAAAAGCUAUAAAUGAUGUGUGCGACAUCCCCCAGAGUAAUUUAUCUUCAGCAAAUGAAGGGUCUUCGGCAGUAACUCUAGAGCAUCCCACAGAUAGAGAAGAGUUCAAAGCUGAUCCUUCCCAUAAGGAAUGUGAGGGGGAUGUUGAGAAGAGUGGAGAAAGCAAGUCAGACAAACUGGACAGCCCCGUGGAGGCGGUUGCUAGCAGAUCAGAAAACUCUGAUUUAUCGAGUAGUACCUUUCAUUCCAGUGCUGCUGGCUGUCAGACAGUAGUCGGCUUUGUACGGGACAAAGAAACUGAAAAUGUACAGGAUGUUAAAAAUCCUCUUUUCCAUUCUUCAGAGAAGCUUCCUCUUAGUAUCUCACAGUUCUCUGAAAAAUCCAAAACACGUAUUCAGCAUUCGGGAUUGAAACCGGUUUAUCCAGACUUGUCGGCUGAAUUGUCCUAUGAGAGACCAACCAUAAUGGCAGUUAAACCGCUGUUACACAAUGAAAGGCUGUAUCCAGAGCUCCCAACUGAGCCAGAACUGGUGCCAUUUACCAGAGAACAGCUGAAAAUUUUUGAGCCAUGUUCAUGGUUGGAGAAUGUUGACUCCUAUGCGGAGGAAUUUGAAAGUGUUGCUCAUCAGGACAGACAUGAAUUUUAUGAACUGCUCCUGAACUACAUGCGGUGCAGGAAGCAGCUGUUGCUGGCUGAGGCAGAGCUGCAGGCUAUGACGACAGACUGCCAAAAUGUUAAGGGGAGAUUAUGGACUUUUAAAGAAGAACAGAAGACUGUGCAGGGUCUCUGUGCAGAUCAGUGCAAAGUGACAGGUUACCAUCGCUACCAGACAGUGGAGCUGAAUGAAAGUGUGCUGGGGGAACUGAAAAAGCUGUUUGAAGCCAAAGCAGAGCAUGUGCAUCAGACGCUGGCGCUGCACUCGUACACUUCGGUGUUGUCCCGGUUGCAAGUGGAGUCAUAUAUCUACAGGUUGCUCAGCAGCUCGUCCCUGCUGAGAUCAGUGGCUCUUCAGCAGCAAGAACAAGUUUCAAAGCCUUCAGAAAAUCUUUCUUCAGACCUGGGCCACUUGAAGGAAUGUAUCAGCGUCCUUUUCAGUUUCACUCGCAGAGUUAUUGAAGAUCCUCAGUUUCAGAGUGACCUUCUCAUGUGGCUGCAGAGACUGGUGUCUGUGUUGCAAAGAAUUGGCUGUCCAGGUGACCAUCUCUUUCUCUUCAACCACAUCCUUCGGUGUCCAGCUGGGAUCAGUGCGUGGGCUUGUCCUUUAAUUCAGAUCAAAGUCUUGGAUAACCCAUCAGGUGUCUUUCAUUUCAUGCAGUCUCUUGCCCUGCUUAUGUCUCCUGUCAAAAAUCGGGCGGAUUUCAUGUGCCAUAUGAAACCAAGUGAAAGGAAAAGUUCCUCUUCAUCUGGGAAAGAAUCUGGAAACUGGACCCUGGUCGAUGAAGGAGGAGAGGAGGAUGAGGAUCCUGAAACAAGCUGGAUUCUGCUUUUGGAAGAUGACUUGAUUGCCCUAUUGUCACAGUUCCCGUUUCAUGAACUCUUUCAGCAGUUCCUUGGGUUUAAGUCUGGAGGUGCUUAUUUUCCUGAAAAAACAACUCCCCAGGAGAUGAUGAAGAUUUUUGCUUUUGCAAACUCCUUAGUGGAACUUCUGUCUGCAGGGUUGGAAACAUUUAACAGAGCACGGUACCGACAAUUUGUGAAGCGAAUUGGUCAGCUGAUCAAGAUGACGCUUUGUCAUGUGAGUGACCACUGGGCCCAAUACGUUGGCAGCAAUAAACAAUAUGGAUCAGUAGCGCAUCCCUACUCUCUAGAAAAAUUGCAGCUGGAGUUCGAUGAGCUGUUUUUUAGAGCUGUUCUACAUGUUCUGAAGGCAAAAAGGUUGGGAGUCUGGUUGUUCAUGUCCGAGAUGCCUUACGGAACCUUAUCCAGCAACAUGCUUUGGAGGCUCUUCUUUGUCAUGCACUGUGCAGAGGGCGAGCACCUGGAAAAGCUCUGCUCUACUCUGCAACCUGAUGACUGCAAACAAAGGCUCAAAGACCCAGAGCACCUUGAAAAUUUCGAAAAGUAUCUUAAAUCAAUGAACUGCUCGGAAGAAAUUUGUCUGCUCACUACAUUUGCUCAGAUGGCACAAACCAAACGCGCUGAUGUUGAUGAGGAUUUUAUCAAAAUCAUUGUUCUGGAGAUAUAUGAGGUUUCUUAUGUUAGCCUUUCCACAAGAGAGACAUUUUCAAAAGUUGGUCGAGAACUCUUGGGAGCAAUCGCCAGCAUCCAUACACAGAUUAUUUCUGUACUGCUGGAUCGAGUUAGAGAGACCAUCGAGAAAGUUGGGAUGGUUUCUUUAUAUCUGUUUAAAGAACUGCCGUUGCACCUGUGGAAGCCUUCUUCAUCUGAGAUAGCACUGAUUCGUGACUGGUUAUUAAAUUACAGUCUAACAACAGUGGAGAAUAAACUAGCCUGCAUUAUCUUGGAAGGGCUAAACUGGGGAUUCGGUGAGCAUCAGAAUACUCUUCAUCUGGAUCCACCUGUCCAUUCUGAAGUUGCAUUGAUGGUCCUGGAGGCAUAUCAGAAAUACCUCUUGCAGAAACCAUAUGCCGGGCUGCUUUCUGAAAGCAUAAAACAGGUCUCCUACUUAGCCAGCAUUGUUCGAUACGGAGAAACACCAGAGACUUCCUUUAAUCAGUGGGCAUGGAGUUUGAUUUUGAGGUUAAAGCUUCACAGAAAUGACUGUGGCAUGCAGCAUGGCUGGCCUGCGGUACCCGUGUCUGACAGUGUGCUCGAAAUGACGGAGUCAGUCACGCUUCACCCCCUCCUGAAGGCUGUUAAAGCAAGCAUCCCUAUCGGCUGUUACCUGGCACUGGCAAUGACCACGCUAGGUCACAGUAUUGAGAAGUUCUGUGCUGAAGGGAUCCCUCUUUUGGGUGUACUCAUCCAUUCUAGAUACCUGAGAACCGUGGUCCAUGUGCUGGAUAAAGUUUUACCCUUCUUUUACUCUUGCCAGUAUUAUCUCCUGAAGAAUGAACAGUUUUUAUCUUACGUCCAGCUGUUCCUUCAUCUGGAUAGUGGAGUCCCUCAAGGCAUGACCCAGCAGGUUACCCAUAAAGUAACACAGCAUUUAACAGGGGUGAGCUAUGGAGAAAAUGUUAAGCUGCUCAGUAGUAUGAUACAGACCCACAUUUUUCUGAGUGACCAGCCGAAUGGAGUGGGGCCGGCUGCAGUACUGGAGUUCUGGGUUCAGGUCCUCACCAGCCAGCAGCUGUGGCAUAGGGACCGGGCAACACUCUUCUUGCUGGACGACUUAUGUAGAGCUGCUUUUCAGUACAGUCAAGAAGACUGUGUACAAAAGGUGCUUUACCAGCAACACAAGAAUGCUUUGGGCUAUCAUUGUGACAAAGGUCUGCUGUCUUCUCUUGUCAGCUGGAUUGUGGCAGGCAACGUGACACCCUCCUUUGUUGAGGGCAAUGCCAGUUCCUCUCAGGUCUGGUUUUCAUGGGUGGUGUUAAAUAUGGAGUCAAUAUUUGAAGAAGAUUCACAGCUUCGCAGAGUUGUGGAGAGGGAGUUGGUUAUUAAUGCUUUAACUCCUGAUCAAGCUUUGAAGAAAGCACAAACACAGCUGAAGCUGCCCAUCGUACCUUCCCUUCAGAGGCUCAUGAUUUACCGCUGGGCCCACCAGGCCCUUGCUACUCCUGCUGAUCACCCUCUCAUGCCACUAAUCUGGCAGAAAUUCUUCCUCCUUUACCUUCACCGACCAGGACCGCAAUAUGGAUUACCUGUAGAUGGCUGUAUUGGAAGACGUUUUUUCCAAAGUGCAGCUCAUACUAGCUUACUGAAUGAAAUGAAGCAGCGCUUAAUAGAGGUAGCGGACUUCCACCAUGCUGCCAGUAAAGCACUGAGAGUGGAGACUCCCGCAGAGGGCAGCGAGGCAUCACCAGAGAAGGCGAGCUGCUCGUCAGGUUACCUGACUUCACCAGAACUGCAUAAGGAACUUGUCAGGCUUUGUAAUGUUUUUAUUUUGUGGUUGGAAGAAGAGAGUUUCCAUAAAGGAAACACAUACAUUCCUUCUCUACCGAAGCAAUAUGAUGCACAUAGACUUGCUAAAGUCAUGCAGAAUCAACAGGAUUUGUGGAUGGAGUACGUCAAUGCUGAGCUCAUACACCAUGAGUUUCAGGAAGCUCUAAACCUUUGGCUGCAGGUUCAGCUUGAAUCACAUACAACCUGUGUUUCCACAGGGCAAACGGAUUUCACCAGCCCUCUAUCAGCCAAAGAGAGGAUAAUGAAUAAUUUGAAGAAGUUUGAUACUCCCAAGCCCCUUCUUCCGCUCCAGACAAUGAAAGCUCCUGUGCCAGUUAUUUCCUCUGCCAGUCUAGUAAGUCAGAAGGAAGCAAUUCAGCUCAUGCGUGUGGACCUUAACAUCUUGCAGCGGCAUGCCAAAACUGCAGAUCUCUGGGAAUGUCAGCAUGUUGCUCUCAAUAGUGAAAUCCUGGACACAGUACCUAAGCUGUAUGUCAAUCGGGAAGAGCAGAUCACCCUCCAUGUGGAGUGCCGGGGAAUGUCAAAUAAAAGCUGCCAGGGAGCAGCUCGACUAACAAUCCAGUUUGAAGGGAAACAUAAAAAUGAAGCAGUGAGCCAGCAGCUUCAGGCUUUGUGUAAAGAAGUGAGACAACUGCAGGCAGAAGCUACGAAGCCACCUUCUCUGGGUGUUGUGGAAGCAGCAGUACAUGUGGAAAAUUUUAUAACGGCCUUAAUAAAUAUCUACAAGGUGCAGCCUAUGCCUGCAAUUAAGGAAGUUGGAAUUAGUUUGUUUUUUACAUUAGUGGAAUAUGUGUGCGAUGAAACUCAACGCAAUCCUCCCACAAGGCAGUUCUUCACGUCCUGCAUUGAGAUCCUAGGCCAAGUGUUCAUCAGUGGGACCAAGUCAGAGUGCAAACGUCUCCUUCAGACGAUUCUGCAGAAUCGAAGGCUCUGCACUCUUCUUUCUCCUUACUUCACUCCUGUUGCCUCUCCCAAUGAAUUUGUGACUUUGUACAAAAACGUUGUGGCCUUUCUGAGCGAGGAUAACAGUGAUGUUGUCUUCAUGCUGCUGACAAAGUUUGACCUUACACAAUGGUUAAGUAUUGCCAAGCCACCUCUGUCUGAACGUACCAAGCUUCUGGAGUCUAUUCACUUGGCUCUCACUGCAUGUGGCCUUGAACCUGAAGAAGAUAUUUUGAUGCCCUUUAAUAUCUUCUGCAAGCAUUGGACUAACCUUCUCCAGUAUCAGUUCCCUGAUCACUAUAGUGAUUUCCUAAGAUUAUUCAUGCAAAGUUCAUCAGAGCAACUUCUAAGCCCUGACUGCUGGAAGGCAUCACUUAAAGCUUUGGGAUGUGGUUCACCAGUGACUGAACAGGGAAGCUUCAAGAAAAGUGAUUCUACGGAAAGUCCUGUAUUGCGGGAUGCUGCAAAAAUUCUCCUCUCUGCAGAACAGGUUAGAGAGACGAUAGAAUGGCUUUCCACAUCUUUCUGCAAACUCCGACUGGCUUCGAUGGACUUCAGGACUUUUGGCCUGUUUUCAAAAUGGCGUCCAUAUGUUCCUGAAGUGAAUACACUUCUGGAGUAUCUUAUUAAACAACUUAUUGACACUGAAGUUGACAAUUUAGCCCAAGAGCCCCUUGGCAGUAACAGAGUUCUAGCAGCAUUGCAGUCCUUGUAUUCAAUCAUUGCUGGACUCUUUAAACCAUGGAUACUUGUCUUGGAUAAGGAACAUGCAAGUAACCAGCCCUGCUACCCUUGGUUAGAGAGUGACACUCCUGAAGCAUCCACCAUGGUCUCUUUGUUUACAGAUUGCAUCAAGCUUUUGCAUGAGAGCUUUAAAGAUAAGCUGUUGCCAAGUCACCAUGGGGCUCUCUGGUUGCAUCUAAUGCAUUACUGUGAAUGUUGCACCGCCCCCAAAAUGCCAGAGUUUAUUCUCUAUACUUUCCAUACUGAGUUCAGAAGGCUUCCGUGGAAGGAAAUGCAUCCAGACCAGAUGCUUAUGGAAGAGUUCUUUAAAAUUGAAAGAGGCAGCCCCAAGAGUUGCUUCUUAUUCCUGGGUUAUGUUUUAUGUGAAAUAAACUGGGUCAGUGUCCUCUCUGAUGCCUGGAAUCCCAACCCUCAUCCUCAGACUUACAACAUGAUUGUCUGUUUGCUGUUUAUGAUGGUCCUGUUGGCGAAGGAGGAACAACUUAUAGGCAAAGAGGUAUUUAUUUCUUACCAUAAAAUGCUCCCCUCCUAACUUCAUGUGAUGUGAUGACAAGUCACAACGAUGUAACAAAAUCUUGAAGACCAGAUACGUCUUUAAGAAGCUUGUCACUGUCUGUUUCUGGUGAGUUACUGGGUACGGAUUACUUCAUCUGUUGAAUUUUAGGUUGAUUUUUCUCGUUCCCUUGCUCUGAAGGAGGAUUUGGCCGUCUCUUAUUUCUCAGCGCUUUUCCCGUUUAUGGUUGCAUUCCAGUAUUUCUGAAUUCUUGGAACAGGAAAGACAAAUACUGGAUGUUAGGAUAAGCUUUCCAAAACACUGCUUUUGCUAAGAGCUCUGUGUGGGUAUAUCUAGCACAGUUUCAUUCAAUCCAUUGCUUCUGAAGGACUCUUCCAGAGGGGCUGGGUUAUCUUCAAGAAGCCCCAUCUACCAGCUUUAUCCUGCUUGCAGCGUCUUCUGUUUUCCAUUUUCUCUGAGGCGUUACGAGGUGCUGUGUCAAGAUGGCACUGGCAGCCUUUGAUCAACAUUGUAUUCCGGUUUUGGAAAAUUACCGCAGUUCACAUGCAUCAACCUGAAUGUAUUUGCUUAUCAGAAGUUUCGCAAGCUUCAAAAGAUACCUGUUUGUACAUUGUAUGAAUCAGCCUUGGGAAUUACCUCCUAACCUCCAGCAAUGUGUUAAAGUGACACAAUGUCACUCUUGUUUUACUUCCCAGAAUGCUCCUGUGACACCUUGACUUAAAUCUCAAACUCUUUAUUUCACUGUCCUAUGUUCUAGUGCAUGAGCAACUUGAAAAGUAGUCGGUGUAGUACAGUGUCACAUUCUUCUUGAUGUACAAUCAUAGAAUCACAGAAUUAUUUGGGUUGGAAGGGACCUUAAAGACCGUCUAGUUCCACCCCCCUGCCCUGGGCAGGGACACCUCCCACCAGCCCAGGUUGCUCCAAGCCCCGGCCAACCUGGCCUUGAACCCCUCCAGGGAUGGGGCAGCCACAGCUUCUCUGGGCAACCUGGGCCAGGGGCUCACCACCCUCACAGCAAACAAUUUCUUCCCAAUAUCUCAUCUCAGUCUCCCCUCUUCCAGUUUAAAACUGUGACCCCUCGUCCCAUGGCUCCCCUCCCUGCUCCAGAGUCCCUCCCCAGCUUUCCUGGAGCCCCUUGAGGGACUGGAAGGGGCUGGAAGGUCUCCGCGGAGCCUUCUCUUCUCCAGGCUGAACCCCCCCAGCUCUCUCAGCCUGUCCUCCCAGCAGAGGGGCUCCAGCCCUUGGAGCACCUUUGUGGCCUCCUCUGGACUCGCUCCAACAGGUCCGUGUCCUUCUGCUGUUGGUGGCCCCAGAGCUGGACACAGCUCUGUAACCUCAUUUGGGUUAGUUCUGGAUCCUUACAGUUUUUAGAUUGUGUUGGCCAUCAGCACAAUUCCAAGAUUUGUUCAUUCUAUAAUGUGUAGAAAUGUGGUGCUUCGCAGUGUCUAGGGGUGACCUUUUGUAUUGCAGAUGUAUACAAACCCUUGAGAGGAGGAUUGCGGCAGCUGAAGCUAGGCUUUCUGCUGCUUGCAGACAGAGACUCUUCCAUCUGCGUACUUGCACUGCCUAUGUGAGUCCACUAUCUGUGGACACUGUAGGCUGCUGUACUGUUUAGGAUGGUAUUUAUGAAAAUAAGCACUUGGCUAGUCCCCCAGGUUGGUAGAUGAUUCACUGAAUGGAAAAUUGAGGCACCUGACUUCUGUCCCUCGUCUACUGUGAGCUCAGGUAAUAUAUUUUUAAUGCUUUUCUUAAACCUCUACUGAAGUGACUUUACCUUGUAGGGUCUUCAUUUCUUUCUAGCUGUCUUUACAUGUUUACAUGUCAAAUUUUAAUGUCUCCUACUGAGUUUUGUACUUGGUUAGAGCUGCUGCAGCAGUCUGAGUACUGUUACGUGAACGCUAGAGAAUAUGUCCGCAUGUUGGCUUGCUGCUUUAAUUGAGGAGCUGCUUUCCAGACAGACUCCCAGAGGUCAUCUGUUUCUGUUCCGUCUACAUCAAAUUUUGGAGUCUUGGCUUUCUUCUGAUACUGUGUACUGUGAAUAUUAAUUCAAAACAGCAAAGAAGGUGGAGCUUAGACUAAUGUCUUUAAA